GCCGGCUUUGGCUGGAUCGAACCGCGCCAAUUUCACAUGGCGCCGGUGCUCGAUCAUGCUCCUCCGGCCGCGGCCCGAUGAUCAUAACCGCCCCGCCCGCCCCAGCAUCUCCCCCCAACGUCUGCACUCUGUCCCGAGCCGAAGCAGAUUCAGGACCGCUUCUCUUUCCCAGCAACCUUUCUCCCAGAAGCUCUUUGAAACGAUAGACAGCAUCUAGCCAUGGCCCAGCCACGCCUCCCCAUCCCCGACCUCGACAAGACCAUGGCGCUCUUUCUCCGUUCUCUGGAGCCAAUGCUUAGCCCAGGCGAACUGCAUCUGGCGGCCGAGCGUGUCCGCAAGUUUACCGACCCAGACAAGGGCGUCGGACAGCUGCUCCAGGGACGUCUGAAGCAACACGAUAGUCUGCAAAAGAACUCGUGGAUCGAGGACUGGUGGCUCCGUCUCGCAUAUCAUUCCUGGAGAGAGCCGCUCAUGGUCCACUCAAACUGGUACGUCGUCUUUCGUGACGAAGUCGAAACCCUCUGCACCUCGUCCUCAUACGGCAGGUUCCUUGAGGCUGUUUCCGGAGCUCCCUUGGCUCCCUCCUUCGGCAUUGGCGACUAUAGCGCCUUCCAAAUCAGAAGGGCGGCUGGAUUUAUCGCGAACCUCCUCAAGUACAAGGACCUGAUUGACAGAAACGAGAUCCCAACCGAGCCCGGGGCCGCCAAAGGCAACGUCGGUCUCUGCCUUGACCAAUAUCGAUGGCUCUUCGGCGUCACUCGUGUGCCUCGCCCCGAGUGCGAUGAGAAUGUUGGCCCGUAUACAAACUCCCGACACAUUGUUGUCUUGGUCAAAGGACAGAUCUACCGCAUGGAUAUCUGCGAUCCAUUUGGAUCCCGUCUGGGUCUGGUUUCUUUGCAGAGGCAGCUCGAGUGGAUCGUUAGAGACGUUGAGGGCUCGACCCGUCGCGAGCGUCCCAUUGGAUUGCUCACGGCUAUUCACCGAGACCGCUGGGCUCAGAUGUACUCGUACAUCCGCCACCUUUCGCCCGAGAAUGCAUCCAACUUGGAGAUCAUUCAAACGUCUUUGUUCGCAAUCGCUCUUGACGACUACAGGCUCUCGGAAGGCGUAACCUACAUUGCACGAAACUGCUUCCACGGCUUCCGCGGUCGCAAUCGGUGGUUCGACAAGUCAUUCACAGUGAUCGUGUCGUCGGAUGGACACGCUGGUUUGAACGGUGAACACUCGCCCUGUGAUGCGCUUGUGCCCUGUCUCAUGGCCGACUUUAUCCUCAAAAACGAGCCGGCUCAGGACUCGAGUGACCUACCUCCUGGCACUGGUCUUCCUCAGCCGCAUCGACUCAGAUGGAGCGUUGAUCAGCGAGUCGAAGAUGCCAUCCACUUGGCCCAAGAGGAGGUCGAUGGCAUUAUCAGCAACAGCGAUGUCCGUGUCAUGGAGUUUGCUGGCUUUGGAUCCACCUUUAUCAAACAGAAGGCCAAGGUGAGCCCCGACGCUUACAUGCAGAUGGCUCUCCAGCUGGCCUUUUACCGGAUGCACGGGCGGCUCCCAGCGGUGUACGAGACAGCAAGUGUCCGCCGCUUCAUCCACGGCAGAACCGAAACAUGCCGAUCGCUUUCCAGCGAGUCGGCCGCCUUUGUGCGAUCCUUUGACCAAACCACUGUGCCGGGCAACGUCAAGGUCGGUUUGUUACGCAAGGCAUGCUCGGCCCAUGUCGCAUAUCUCUCCACCGCAUCAAAGGCUCAUGGCUGCGAUCGCCAUAUGCUGGGCUUGAAGAUGUGCAUCAAUUCACCAGGCGAAGCACCCUUGAACCCCGAGAGCGUCAGAAUCUUGACCGACCCGCUUUAUGCGCAAUCGAGCCACUGGCAGCUCUCGACCAGUGGGCUCUUUUCCAACGUCACUCUGCUUGCCACCGGAUUCGGCGCAGUCGCGCCCGAUGGUUACGGACUCAACUACAUCAUCAACCCGAACAUCAUCCGUGCCGGCAUCGAGUCCAAGCACGGCUAUCCCAACACCAGCACACCCAAAUUUAUCGAGCACUUGCAGCGAGCCUUGGUGGACCUUCGACAGCUCAUCGAGGACACCCCGGACGCUUCGAAGCUGUAGUGGGCCUCCAUGGAGACGACCUCAGGGGCUUGGGUGUGCCUGAGCGCACUGGGUUCGCAGGACAGAACACGUUGGGAGCAUUCUCGGA